UCAACGCCUACAUUGACAGUUGAGUUGUUACACAACUUCAGCAGCCUGCACUCCAAACUAGAGUUGAGCUGACAGCCAUGAAUCCUCCAGGUCACCCAGCUGAGAAUGUUCCACUGGAGGGGAGGUAUGAUGGGCUCCCUGGGCUCCCUGGAGGAUCUACAGCGAUUCAGUACACCACAAUGAACAUGACCCCUGAGCCCCCCAAGGACCACAUCAUCUGGUCCCUCUGCUGCUUUCUCUACUCAAACCCCUGCUGCCUCGGGCUGGCGGCUCUCAUCUUCUCCAUCAAGGCCAGAGACCGGAAGGUGGCUGGAGAUCUGGAGGGUGCCCGACACUACGGCUCCACUGCCCGCUGCCUCAAUAUCUGGGCCACAGUCCUGUUUUUCAUCAGUGUCCUUAUUACCAUUAUUAUAACUAUCAUUGUGCUCAUACAGGCAAAUAAGGUGAUCAGAGAUCACAGCGGAUACAGCCCUAUAGAUUUCAAUUACAGAGGCUAAAUUUCAAAUAAAGUCGUAUUAGAGUUGCCUUUUUUCUAUGGCUUGGUCAUACUUGUGUUUCUCUGCUUUACGCCCAAGGCACAAUUUGUAACUUUUUAUACCUCUUUAGUUAUAUCCUCAAGCAAAACAGAUACACAUUUUUAUUUGUGUUUCAAAAGUCUUAGAUGGAACUCAUCCAUGUCUCCAUAAUGACAAUCUGUAGUGGUUUACAUUUAUGCCAGAUGUCUGUUAUUAAAUUCAGAUUUCCUGUCGGCAAGGCCUGUGUCUUAGCAAACAAAAAAUUGUGGAGAAAUAGAGAACAGUUUCAUCCCUCAAUAAAAGUGUC